AGAAAUGGUCAGAACACCGGCCAUCUUGUUGAGCUAACUGGCAGGUUUGUGCUGCAGAGAUGGACGACGGUGACGAGCCGGCUCUAGUCCUCUCGCACAACUCUUCCUCGGGCUCCAAGUCGGGUGGGGACAAGAUGUUUUCCCUCAAGAAGUGGAACGCGGUGGCGAUGUGGAGCUGGGACGUUGAGUGCGACACUUGUGCCAUUUGUCGGGUCCAAGUCAUGGAUGCAUGUCUCCGUUGCCAGGCGGAAAACAAACAAGAGGAUUGUGUCGUUGUUUGGGGAGAGUGCAACCACUCCUUCCACAACUGCUGCAUGUCCCUUUGGGUGAAGCAGAACAAUCGCUGUCCCCUCUGCCAACAAGACUGGGUGGUUCAGAGAAUCGGAAAAUAAGCAGCACAUCCAGGCGGACUGAACCUUUAUGCACCAUGGGGUGGUGACGGACUUGUCAGUGAUCCUGGCAGUGUGCUGAGCUGUCCUACUAUUGCAUGUUUCCAGUAGUCCCGGUAUGAAGGAGGACAAUGGACAAACCUAAAGCUGCACAGAUUUGUUGCUGGAGAGAUCAAGAGCCAUGAAGAGACGGAGAAAUUAAUGUUGCAGUGUUUGAUGACAUGUUGGUUAUUGUCUGUUGUGGUGUUUGGCACAAAUGUGACUUUUAUUUUGAAAAUAAAGAAUCUUGAAUGGAUGUAAAUAAAA